CUUCACACCAACUUUCUUCCAACGUUCACUUCCAUCUCCCUUUUCUGUGCUUUUUGGAUUUAUUUUUGAAUUGCGCUGUCUUGCGCGACCUGUCCGUGUCAUAUUGAAUUGGCCGUGCCAGACAAUUGAGACCGAUAUCGACAACGUUGGGUUCUCUCCACUAUACCCCGUCAUUUCGCUCGUUACUUAGUCGCGUCGGAAACGCGUUACCAAACCUCCAACCCCACGCCAUCCAAUGAAUUCGACGUCCAACAAGGGGUCUUGAAUUUCGCCAUUGUCCAACCGGUUGGAGACUCGUACUACAAUCCUAAUCCUGCCUUGACUUAUUAAUGUCGCUGCCCGGAGGCAUGUUUACUCCACGAAAUGCACCACUCAAGGAGGGCCGAUCAUUACCAGGUCUCCCGUAUCCAGGUCCCUCCAGGCGUGCAUUGAGGCCACGACAAGUUGCCCUUCUGCUCGUGUUUUUGAUUUGCAUUCCUCUGAUUUACUAUCUAUAUUCUGGCGACUCAGACCCAGCACCUUCGUUCACUGAUCACGCUGAUCACGCCACUUUUGGAGGCAUCCCCCAAGACGCUUCCAUCCACGAAGGCUCAGAUUUAAUCCACACCAACCCCAUCGCAAACGCUCCUCAUCAGCAAGGUGGCCCUCAAGCGCCUGCAUCACCGGAUGUCAAUGGAGGACAAUCAGCCGACAAAAUCCCCUUCAAAGCACCUCCACCGGAGAACUCUCUCAACCAACCCAAAGCUCCAUCUGUGGUUGAGGUCGACGAGGAUGACAUCGUCCCACCCCGAGAGGGGGCUGGGUCAAAGCCUCAGCAAGCCUUCAACGGAGCCAAACAUGCCCUCUCCGACGACUCGGUUACCUUCGCUCAACGUGCCAAGUUCGAAAAAUCACUCCGCCGUGUCAUCGACCUGAUGCCUGGAGAAAUGGAAGGUCGAGAUUUACUGCGUCAUGUCGAAGGCACUGGAAAGGAGAAACUUCGUGAGAUGGGUCUGCGUGUCCGAGAAUACAAAAAGUAUUUCGAGGCUUGGGAGGAUCUUCAUUUGUCCUUUGAUGAAGAUGGCGGCGCCUACGUUCGCGACGACGUGAUCCAGUAUCUUCGCUACAACUCCCAUUCCUCCGACGCCCAGGAUCUCGCUGAAGGUGAACUCGCUGCCACCGUCCACUCCUACGAAGCAUAUCGAUACUUUCUUGUCAAAUUCGGCCAGCUGCUCUUUCCAUGGACCGCCCCGUACUUCCCAGAUCAUAUGACUCUUCAUUCGCAUUUCCGCCAAGGCGGUCGAGGCAUCGUUUUGACCGCUGGUGACGCCCAGGCGCCUUUCCUGCUCACCACAAUUCCCACGUUUAGGAAACUGGGAUGCGACCUGCCCAUUGAGGUCAUGUAUCUCGGUGACUCAGAUUUGAGUGAAGACUAUCGACAAGACCUGGAGGCGCUAGAUGGCGUCAUCACCCGUGAUAUUGCGCAGAUGGUGAACGACGAAGGAUGGAAAUUGGCUGGUUGGGCUGCCAAGCCGUUCGCCAUCCUAUUUUCUAGCUUCCGCGAGGUCGUCUUUAUUGAUGCCGACAGUCUCUUCUUCAAGAAUCCUGCCUCGCUCUUCGAAGAACCCCAGUAUCAAAAGACGGGUGCGUUGUUCUUCAGAGAUCGGCUUAUUAUGCCAGAGAACAAGAAGCGCUGGCUCCAGCAGAUCCUCCCUAAGCCAAUCUCGAGGCAGGUCAAGCAGAGUCGUUUCUGGACCGGUGACAGUGGUCACCAGCAAGAAUCAGGCGUCAUCGUUGUUGACAAAUGGCGACAUUUUAUUGCCCUUCUGCUUGUUACACGUAUGAAUGGUCCCGAUCGUGACGGGAACAAGGAGGAGGGAAGAGUUGGUGUCUACGAUAUGGUUUAUGGUGACAAAGAGACUUUUUGGCUCGGAUGGGAACUCGUAGGUGAUCAAGAUUAUGCAUUCCAUCAAGGUGACGCCGGUAUUAUGGGUACUGCCGAAGCCAGGGAUUCUCUCGAUGGCAAGCGAAAAGACAAGAAUGAACAUCCACCCCCACCGCCUCCUCCGCAAAAACAGAAGAAGAAACCCAAAAAGAAACCGGCACCACCACCUCCUCCAGGUGAGGAGGGCCAGAAUCAGAGCCAAGACGGCGAAGUCAGUACUGACGAUAAAGCCGAGGGCGACGUGGAUGGAGACAAUGAAUGGGAGGAAAUCGACGAGGAGCCUGAUGAGACCACGGAAGAGCCUGUGGCGUAUACCAUCUGUGCACCACAAUUACUCCAUCUGGAUCUGGACGGCAAACCACUGUGGUUCAAUGGUUGGCUGAUGGAGAACAAAUUUGCGGACAAGAAAAAGAAGAAGUUUGGCACAUUUGAACACUAUCUGAUCGAACCUCAUGACAUCCGAGACCCUGGAGCAUGGCAGUUGGAGGAAAGCAACAUGUGCUGCUUGACUGCGGAACCCGAAUAUCGGCGGGACUUUACAAAUGAAGAAAAGGCGCUACUGGCAAUGAUGAUCCAGCAAGCGAAGGACGUUGGUGUUCCAGGAUGAAGAAGAGAAAGGAGGACAAAUGGUGGGCCCGAAGAGAGAAUGAGAAUUGAAGGAGAUUGAUUUCUCGACUGCAUUAUUACGACAUAUUAUCCUUGCGAUCUAUUCACAGGAUAGGGUUGAGGUAUCAUUGCCAUGCAUUUUUGUGUCACUAGGAUAUCUGGGAACACAUUUCCCGAGGAGCGUACCAGGAUCAGGGAAAACAUGGAGACUUUUGGAUAUUUACGAGACCUUUUUGAAAUGAUAAUCUAGACUUGCCAGCCGCGAAUUCAUGAC